GGUCAAGUAUUUUAUUUCUCUGCGUUGCAGACGACAGCACAACUGCCCGUCUAGUAAAGACAUACUGCAGGAAGAUUUUGCGGCCAGGGCAAGUCUCAGCGAGCACAGGAUCCAGAGAUUUUCGCCUCCGAAAAGUUCGGCGCCUCCAUCCCGCGCCCCUCUGGCCCUUUGCUUCCUCCCCUUCAGGCUGCACCGCCCGCGGGCUGCACCCGCCCUAUUCCGCUGAUCGACAGGCGGGUGCUGCUAUUCCCAGCAGCCAGGCUUUCCACAGGCAACCCCAGCAGAGGUAAUAGUUCUACGCGGCCAAUGGGAGUCAAGAGGUGGGGCCUGCCGUGGGGCGGAGUUGCGGGUCAGGUGCUCUGCGUCUUGUUGGCGUGCAGAUUAUCUUCCAGUGAACUGAUCAAGUACUUUGAAAAUGACUUCAAAACUUCUCUGGUUGUCCUUCAUACUUGCUGCAUUAGCAGUUUCAAUUACAUUCUCUCUCCCACUGAUCCAGCAGAAGGUUCUAUUAGUUUCAUUUGACGGAUUCCGUUGGGAUUACUUAUAUAGAGUUCCAACACCCCAUUUUCAUUAUGUUAUGAAUUACGGUGUUCACGUACAGCAAGUUACUAAUAUUUUUAUUACUAAGACUUAUCCGAAUCAUUAUACUUUGGUAACUGGCCUCUUUGCAGAAAAUCAUGGGAUUGUUGCAAAUGAUAUGUUUGAUCCCAUUCUGAACAAAUCGUUCUCCUUGGAUCACAUGGAUAUAUAUGAUUCUGAGUUUUGGGAAGAAGCAACACCGAUAUGGAUCACAAAUCAGAGGGCAGGACAUUUCAGUGGUGCGGCCAUGUGGCCUGGAGCAGAUGUGAAAAUCCAUAAGAGCUUUCCUACUCACUACCUGCCUUACAAUGAGUCUAUCUCAUUUGAGGAUAGAGUUGCCAAAGUCAUUGAGUGGUUUACAUCCAAGGAGCCCAUAAACCUUGGCCUUCUUUAUUGGGAAGAUCCUGAUGACAUGGGGCACCAUUUGGGGCCUGACAGUCCACUCAUGGGGCCUGUCAUUUCUGAUAUUGACAACAAGUUAGGAUAUCUCAUACAAAUGCUGAAAAAGGCAAAGCUGUGGAACACACUGAACCUGAUCAUCACAAGUGAUCAUGGAAUGACCCAGUGUUCUGAGGAAAGGGUAAUAGAACUAGACCGGUAUGUGGAUAAAGACCUCUAUACCCUGGUUGAUCAAUCUCCAGUAGCAGCCAUCUUGCCAAAGGAAGGUAAAUUUAAUGAAGUCUAUGAAGCACUAGCUCAUGCUCACCCCAAUCUUACUGUUUACAAAAAAGAAGACAUUCCAGAAAGAUGGCAUUACAAAUACAACAGUCGGAUUCAACCAAUCAUAGCAGUGGCUGAUGAAGGGUGGUAUAUUUUACAGAAUAAGUCAGAGAACUUUUUGUUAGGCAACCAUGGUUAUGAUAAUGCAUUAGCAGAAAUGCACCCAAUAUUUUUAGCCCAUGGUCCUGCCUUCCGAAAGAAUUUCACUAAAGCAGCAAUGAACUCCACGGACCUGUACCCUCUGCUGUGCCACCUCCUCAACAUCACUGCCAUGCCACACAAUGGAUCCCUCAGGAAUGUCCAGGAUCUGCUCAGUUCAACAACUCCGGAAGCCACCCCUUACACGCAGAGUACAACUCCUCUCUAUGGUGAUGGCCACCCAAGAGAACAUGAGCAUGAGGAAUCAUAUGCUUAUUUUAUAGGGAUCUCUCUUGGUAGCAUUAUAGUUAUUGUAUUUUUUAUAAUCUCCAUUAAACAUUUAGUUCGCAGUCAGAUACCUGCCUUGCCAGAUAUACAGCCUGAAAUAGUUCAACCGUUAUUACAAGCCUAAUGCUACUUUGAAGUGGAAAUUGCAUCAUUAUGUCAGUGUUUAAGGUUUCAGAGGAAACCUGUUUCAGACAUUUGCACGAACCGCUAAGCAGUUACCUACAUGUUCAAGCACAGACACACACACAGAUUGGCCCAUAUACACGUGCCUGUAAAGGAUUAAAUCUGUGGAGGUAUGUUUCCAUUGUUCUUUCUAGCCUAGAGGUAGAUAAGAUCCUACUUUAUUGGAACUUGGCACAUGGAAUGUAUGUAAUUAGCAAUUUUGCACUAUUUAAAGUACUUUAUAUAUUGCACUUUAAAUUGCUCUCCUAAUGGGUACCCUUCUUCUGUGAAAUGCACUUUAUUGACAACUAGGUCUUAUAACUCAGUUGAAGGACUUUUUGCAGCCACAUCACAGAAUGUUUGUUACUCAUUGUUUGAACAGAAUGAAGUUUCCAAUUCCCGAAUAAUGCAGAAAUCUAUCUCCGUAAAUUGGAGGUGCUAAAUGUGAAAACUAUUGAAAAUUCAGUGUACAUUUAUACAUUGAAUUUUGGAGAGAUACAUUCCCAAUGGUGGGAGUCAUUUGUGGGCAUUCCCUAAUGACAUGGGUUUUCAUUUUAUUUUCCCCCUAAAAAAAAGUUUCAAAUACUUGACAGAUUCUUGCUAAGUGUACUGUUUCUGUCAUUAGAAUCAUUAUUUCUCUUUCCUGGUUGGUUUUUUUUACUCUGGUUUUUCUAAAAGGCACCAGGGAUGUAAUUUCUGUUCUAUGUAGCUUAGCACUAGCUUGAUGGAGCUAUCAGGCAUUACCGCAGAAUGUUUUCUCUAGUUCUGUAAUUACUUCCUUGAAAACUUAACCAAUUUUAACCACAUUAAAAAAAUAGAUAGAGCAGUGUUUUCUUUCUAGUAACAAAGCACAAAUGUCUUUUAUGUCUGAGCAUCUUAAAAUCCAGAGUUGCAAAAACCCAAACUUGAUUUGGUAAAAUGUAGGCAACACGGUCAAUGGAAAGGCUGGAACUUGGGGACAAAAGUUAGUUAGGGGCACACUUGAGUUGUUCACACUGUACUCAGAGCAGUGCUGACAGCAAAAACUAGCAAAAUAACUCUUGGAGAAAUAACAGGUACUGAAAUGAGAGGAGCUGAGAUGAUAGCCUUGCUUCAUGACAUAUUUAAAUACCCACCACCAGGUGCUCAUCGGGAUCAAAGAUUAAUCCAAGUUCACAAAUAGACCUCUACCUCCUGGGGAGUAAUUUUGUUCAGAAUAAGACUUUUCCUCUGGCUAGCACCAUCAAGCUGGUGCUACACUACAUACUUUCAGUGGUUAUUCAAAGUCAUUUCAGCUUCUCCCAUUGCUACCCUCCCAAAGCUGUGCUCCAUCUCCAAUUAGUCUAGUUACGGGGGAUUAGAAUUUCUAUGACAUCUUAGAGGGAAGAGGAAGCAGUCCUGGAAACCAUAGUGUUUCUUGGAAUUAAAAGCAACUUUAUAGACUCUUGACCCAUGUGAUUUUGUCUAUAUUUUGCACUACUGGGCUAAUAACUAGGUAGAAUGGUAUAUAUAUAUAUAUAUAUAUAGUUCAGAAAGCAGGGUUAGCUUAGACAUCAUCAGAAAUGGCAUAAUGAAAGAUAUAACUUUGCUUACUAAAAUAAGGUGAAAUUUUUUAAUGAAGUUUUUAAAAUAAUCCAAUGAAGAGUGUUAGCACUCAUUCUCAUUUUAAUAUACAACCUCUUAAUAGGAUAGAAUGUAGGUUGGAAAGUUGAGAAGUUUGGUGGUGUAUAGCAAACUCCUCAAGAAGUCUAAUUCUAAAUUAGACAUUUUGGAAUAUGCAACCACUCAUGUGGGCUUGCUUUAUAGCUAUGAAUUUAUCCUCACUGAAAUAUCUGUAUAUGACAGAAAUAUGAAACUUGUUUUAUUGAAAAGUAUGACUAUUGAAAUGCUAUAUGUAUUUUUAAGCUAAUUAUUGCAUUAAACUCCUUUUAGAAGGUGCAAUUAUCUUAAGUAAAUUCUGUAACAUUGCUGAAAUCAUUAAAAUCCUGAUAUGAAGAUUUGAUUCUUGAAAGGCUUCUUUUAUUUACAGAUUCUUAAUUUCCUGUAAACUAUCAGCAGGAGAGAGAAUAAAAAUAAAACUUCCUUGGGAAAAUCUAUUCACUUACCAUUCUCUGAUAGUUUUUUAUUUUUCUUUACCUGUAUGUCUUCAUAGUCAAGAUAUAUGCAUUGAAUACAAAUUAGCACAUAGAAAAUUUAGCUCAUUUUACUAAUGGUAAGAAAAAGUUUUUAAACAUUAGAGAUCUGGAGCUCCCCACAUCUCACCAUUUUGACUUGCCUCCUCCAGUAGCUAUUUUGUACGACUAAGAUUUUUCUUACUCAUUGUAUGAGUUGCAAUUUUUAAAAUAUUUAUUUAUGCCUGCAAUAACUGGGAUACAGGCCAUUGGUGCACUGUGUGAAAGGCGUCA